UCACACUACAAAAAUUGAAAAAAAAAAAGUUGUCAUUUUUUUUCCUUCACUUUUUCCGCCUCAGCUUCUCACUCUUUCUCUCUACUCUUUUAUACUCAGUACCGUCACAAACCCAUUUCACAUUUCAGAGUUCACACCGUUACUGUGAGAGUUCUUAGGGUUUAAAAUGUCGGAGGGAAGAGGUUCCACUCUUGUGCACCUUUUAGUUGUUGUUUUCUGCUUGGUCGCAUUUGGGUUCUCCAUUGCUGCUGAAAGAAGAAGAAGCGUUGGAACCAUUAACAGAACUAUAGGAACAAAUGAAACAUACUGUGUUUACAAUUCAGAUGUUGCAACUGGUUAUGGUGUGGGCGCUUUCCUGUUUCUUCUUUCAGGUGAAUCACUGCUUAUGGGUGUUACAAAGUGCAUGUGCUUCGGGAGGCCUUUAACACCCGGAGGAAAUCGAGCCUGGUCCAUUAUAUAUUUUCUCUCAUCUUGGGCCACUUUUAUUGUUGCGGAAUCAUGUUUAAUAGCCGGUGCCACAAAGAAUGCCUAUCACACCAAAUACCGGGGAAUGAUAUAUGCGCAGAACUUCUCUUGUGAAAGUUUGAGGAAAGGAAUAUUCAUUGCCGGAGCGGUUUUCAUCGUUGCAACUAUGAUUCUUAACGUAUACUACUACAUGUACUUCACCAAGGCAUCCACAACUCCGCUUUCUCAGAAGGCCAAUCGGGUUAGUUCCUCAGUCGGAAUGACCGGAUAUGCGUGAUGGUGCAUCGAUGAAUCAUGAAAGAGUAACAAAUUUUGAGUCUUCUUUUCUAUAUGGAUGUCUGUGUGAUUUUCACUACUUGGUAAAACAGUGGUUUUGACUUUUGUUUUGCUUAGUUAACAACCUGUGUUUAUAAUGUCGUAGUGAAUGUUACUGCUCAGAGACAAGCUAUUAUAGCAUUAAUAUCGAAGUUUAGGCAAAGUUUAUACAUUAAGCUAAAUUUGUGGAAGCAUGUGUCACAUGUAAUCAGAUUUCAGAUAAACUUCACAUUGAAAGUAUGUAAUCAUUUAUAAGUCUUCAUCACA